AUGAAGAUGAUUUGCAUUUUUAUUUUUAUUUUUUAUCUUCUCUCAUAUACCUCCCAUGCUGUAUCUACCAAUGAUUUCUGUGUAGCCGACUUUAUGUUUCCAAAUACUCCUUCAGGUUAUCCAUGUAUGUCAGAAACAAAUGUAACUGCAGAUCAUUUUGCAUCCUCUACUCUUGUAGCUGGGGACACAAAUAACUUUUUUAAUCUUGGAUUCACCACUGCAUUUCUCAAGGAUAUACCAGGUCUCAACGGACUCGGCAUCUCUGCAGGAAGAAUAGAUUUUGAUAUAAAUGGAACGCUUCCAAUGCAUAUUCAUCCUGAUGCAUCUGAAUUAAUAAUCGUUGCUCAAGGACUAUUGCAUUAUCAAGUUAAUACUGCUCCUACAAAAGCUAUUGUUUAUGCUGUUUAUGGUAGCGAAAAUCCUAGCAUCCAAUUUCUCGUUACUUUAUUAUUUAGAAAUAAUUUACCAACUCCAAUAAUUGAAAAGACUACUCUCCUUGAUGCUUCACAAAUUAAGAAGCUUAAGGCUCAGCUUGGUGGCAGUGGCUAG